UAGUGAACGGCUGCCGGUUUCGUACUUGUUGAUUUUUCAUCAUUUCGCUUUAAAAAUAGUUACAUGCUUUCAAUUUAUGAUAAAUACCAUCUUUAAAGUGUUAACAACUACAGAAAGUGAAUGAAGUUUUUAAAUUAACAGCUUUAAAGUGAAUAACUGUUUCAUUUUCUUUGUCACAAGUCGUCCUUUAAAGUCAUUAGAAUAAGUUUUCCUAAUAUAAGAAUUUAAUAUUCGAUGAAACAAGUGAAUGGGAGGAGUCUGCGAAUUUCAUCACAAUCCACAACAACGUAUAAGGUUGAUAAAGGGAUUUUCAAAGGCUGGUGCUGUAUAUACCUUAGGUCCAGCUAUAAAUUUCCAAGAUGAUUCAAAAUCACUGCGAUAAUAGUGGUAGUAGCAACACCACUGCAAGCCCGAUUAAGAUUACAACUCUAUCAGAUACUACGAUAAAUAUGAGGACUAAGGAGCAACGGGAGAUUGUGGAAGAUAAUAAGUAUAUAACAUUGGAAUUUCACUCACAAGAAUUGCAACAGUUUUUAACCCAAUCUCGAGUGCAUAAUGGUUAUGGCAUUACAACCAACCAAAUUGACAUUUUCACUUCGGAAGCAAAUUCGGGAUAUGAGCAGUUGAGUGAAUUGGAAAAUAUGAAACCUUUGCCAUUAACACCAGAAAACUAUCCUAAUAGUGUUAUAACCAACGAAUAUUCUUGUAGUUCAAAUCAAACUAACAAGGACACAACUAUGACGGAUAUCGUUCAAGUUUCCGAUGCAUCCAAUCCUCCAGAUGAGCUCAACAAAGAGGAGGAUAUUAUACCAAGUGACGAGCCUUAUCAAUAUCUACAAGAACUGAAUUCGGAUAAUCUCAUGCAGUUCAGCCAGCAAUCGGCCAUACAGGAGUUAAUCCUGAAACAGCAAUUGGAUGCGAAGCCGAAUUUGGACAUCUUACCUACAUUCGAGGAGCACGAUAUUGGCGGCUACAAAUUUAACGUGCAAAUUGGUAGUAACACUCAAGCCAAGAAGAGUUGGAUGUACUCGCCCAAUCGCAAGAAGCUCUACAUACGUAUGAAUGAGAUCCUUUCAUUGGAGGCUGUAUACGUGCCUAAGCUGCCGCUGCAACAGCUGCGCGUACGUGUGCUCAUGAGCUUUAAGAAUGAAGUGAGUGAGCCAGUGGUGCGCUGUCAAAAUCAUCUCAGCAAGGAUACCGAGUCACAUCAGAAGCGCCGCCACAGCUUGCUGCGCUGUGAAAAUCCUACGGCUGAGUAUUGCGGUACAGCUGAUGGUAAAAGCAUUAAUGAUCGUUACUCGAUCUUAAUACCGCUGGGUCUCAGCGCCAUGCCAAAGAAUGACAGUUCCAUUUCGCAAACGAUCGCCAUCAAGUUCACUUGUCAGAAUUCCUGCAUUGGACGCCGAGAGACAAGCAUACUAUUUCUACUAGAGGGCAUGAGUGGUGAAAUACUCUCACAACGUGUGCUGGAUGUCAAGAUUUGUAGCUGCCCCAAGCGAGAUUUCGAAACCGAUGAGCGCAACAGCACAGUGCCAUCCAAGCGUAAAUCGAGCGGAGAAAUGCCAAGUCGCACGACUAAACUUAUGAAAAGUGCCACAGACAGCAGCAAACAUCCAAAAGCCUUAAAAGAUGAGGACACAAGCAGUGAUUUGGAGAACAGUGAUAGCGGCAUUAGUAUUGCGCGCGAUGUAGACAUGCAACCAACGCCAAGCGGUGGCUAUCGCUUUGUCAUUGAAGGCGAUAAGGAAAUGAUGCAGAAAGUUAUCGAAUACGUAAGUCAAGUGGCUGCGCUGAAGAUUCUCGACGCACCGCAACAGGCUAAGCAUUAUAAUAAAAUGUAUCGACAGCUAAGUCGAUAUAGAGAAAGAUUGCAGAGAAAAUAAUUGUGACCUUAAUUUGUUGCGUAAAAAUGCCUUUACUAUAUAAAUAGUUAGUUAUAAGUAAAUUGAGGUUAUGUUUACGUCUAGAAUUGUACUUAGUUUGUACGGUUUCGUUGUAAGAUUUUGUUGCGUCCAUGUGUUUUUCAUGUACCCAACUAGUAGCGAGUAUGCAUUUAUUUCUCUGCGAAACAUUUGGCACUACGCGUCUACACGUUAUUACUAUUAUUAUUUUUGUUUUUUUGUUAACUGUAUGUAAUUUUGGUCUUUCGGAAAUAUUUCAAUUCCAGCUUUGAAAUGUUCUGUUUAAGCGCUUUAAUAUGUGCAAGUUUUAAGUGAUACUUUUUUUUGUUGUCAAAAUACAUAUUAGUCUUUAAUUUUUAAGUAUUUCCCAUACUCAUAAUUCAUAUAUUUUAAUGCGAAUUAAACUUUAACUGUGAAUGAUCAAUUAUUUUUUUAAACAAUAAUAAACAAAAAUAUAUGAGUUGCCACUCAUCCAAAAAUUAUUUUUCAUAAUAAUAUUUGUCGAUUUAUAUUUUUAGUCAAAUGUAAUUUCAAAACUAUGCUUUUGACUGAGACAAAGUGGGAAAUCUAACCAAUUAAGGAAUUUUGUUCAAAUAAAGCCCAUUAUCGCUAAAAAAAUGUUAAUACCAUUUUAGCCCAAUUUGGUUUCUCAUUCAAAACAUAUGUUUGGCUUAUAUGCAUACAUAUAUCGUCACCUAAAAUGCAAAACAACAUAACAACAAAAAAUCGAAAUUGAAUUUUUUAUUGCUUAUGAUUCACUUCAUCAUAUUACAUACACAUACAUACAUAUGUAGCAUACAAUUUUCAGCUUCCGCUGUCAGAUAUAACCAAUAUACUAUAACCAUUUUGUAACCAAAACUCAAAUGUUGUUUCAAUAUUAAUGUAUGCUACCCAAUAUAUAACCACUUUAUAACCAAAACUCAAAUUAGUUGCAUUUCAGUGGUUUCUAUUAUAACGUUUUGCCUUUGCCAGUAAACUUAUAUAAAGUGAUAUUACGUUAUUUUGCAUUUUAGAUAGUAUAUAUAACCUAACUGUGCAGCAUAACAACAACUUUAUUACUAGAGUUAGGUUUGCUUUAGAGGUUAUAUCUACUUGCGAGUUAAGAAAUGCGUUUUUUCUGAAUUUUUUUUUGAAGAGGGUUUUAUUUAAAAAAAAUAUUGAACAUUUACUGAAUUUAUUAUACUUUAAUAAUUGGCAAUACAUAUUAAAAGAUUUCGGAUUCCCUUGACACCGCAGCCAAUCUUCAGCAGUGUUUCUGAAAACAGAUGUCCAGCGGUGGGAGAGAUUUUUCUGCUUAAAAUAAACUCAAAUCCAAAAACUAAAAAAUUGUACUAUUGCUAUACUCGUACAUGAAUACAGGUAAUGUCCAAAGCACUAGUCAAAUUUCAAUUUUUAACAUAAAAUAAAAUGUUUUUUGUGGAAAAAUGAGCACUUCAGUGGCUUAAAAAAUCGCAAUCAUUAUAAACAAUCGUAUUCAAUCAACUUUUAAUUGAAAAAUAUAUCUAGAGUAUGAAAAUUUCAAGUCGAUUGCACUAGUCGCUUUGGAGAAAUUUUCUUCAUCGUCUCUGAAAAAAACGUUAAGAGAGAAAUGCGUUAAAAGUUUUGGCAGCCGAUUGCACUUAGGUAGUUAAAAGACUUGCAAAUGCGCUCUUAUCUCAGCAAAUAUUUGUGGAAUCAACUUAAAAUUUUCGUAGAAUAUUCUUAAAUAUGCAAAAAACUUAAUUUUUCGGAACUCACAAGUGAAUAUAUUUAAGAAUAUUAGUUCAAACUACUGCCUUAAUUACUUGUGUCAUAGAAAGCGGUGAUGGUUUCUUUUAUAAGUUUCUUCCUUUAGCCACAAGUUAUUGAAAUCUGUAUUAUGUAUGGUUAUGUGCUGUGGCAAUUGUUUUUAAUUUAGGUUAUAAUUUUAUGAAUUUUAUGUGCCUUUUAUGUUAUUUACUAAAUGUUUAAAAAGUAAACAACUUAAGUAAACAAUUAUUUUUACUAAUCAAUGCAUUGAA